AUGCAGAUGAAUGAAACGCAUGCCAAGCCUCUACUGGACAGUUCAGCUAACAAGCAGACUUCUGGCAUGAUCAGACAUGACCGCAAUAUGAAUGAAGAUGACUUACAAUCUACAAUCCUUCAUCUACCAAAAACCCAGUUGUUACUGACCCAAGUCUUCCUGGUGCCCUCUGAGACCCAGUUGUUACUGACCCAAGUCUUCCUGGUGCCCUCUGAGACCCAGUUGUUACUGACCCAAGUCUUCCUGGUGCCCUCUGAGACCCAGUUGUUACUGACCCAAGUCUUCCUGGUGCCCUCUGAGACCCAGUUGUUACUGACCCAAAUCUUCCUGGUGCUCUCUGAGACCCAGUUGUUACUGACCCAAGUCUUCCUGGUGCCCUCAGACCCAGUUGUUACUGACCCAAGUCUUCCUGGUGCCCUCUGAGACCCAGUUGUUACUGACCCAAGUCUUCCUGGUGCCCUCUGAGACCCAGUUGUUACUGACCCAAGUCUUCCUGGUGCCCUCUGAGACCCAGUUUGUUACUGACCCAAGUCUUCCUGCUGCCCUCUGAGACCCAGUUGUUACUGACCCAAGUCUUCCUGGUGCCCUCUGAGACCCAGUUGUUACUGACCCAAGUCUUCCUGGUGCCCUCUGAGACCCAGUUGUUACUGACCCAAGUCUUCCUGGUGCUCCCUGAGACCCAGUUGUUACUGACCCAAGUCUUCCUGGUGCCCUCUGAGACCCAGUUGUUACUGACCCAAGUCUUCCUGGUGCUCUCUGAGACCCAGUUGUUACUGACCCAAGUCUUCCUGGUGCCCUCAGACCCAGUUGUUACUGACCCAAGUCUUCCUGGUGCCCUCUGAUACCCAGUUGUUACUGACCCAAGUCUUCCUGCUGCCCUCUGAGACCCAGUUGUUACUGACCCAAGUCUUCCUGGUGCCCUCUGAGACCCAGUUGUUACUGACCCAAGUCUUCCUGGUGCUCCCUGAGACCCAGUUGUUACUGACCCAAGUCUUCCUGGUGCCCUCUGAGACCCAGUUGUUACUGACCCAAGUCUUCCUGGUGCCCUCUGAGACCCAGUUGUUACUGACCCAAGUCUUCCUGGUGCCCUCUGAGACCCAGUUGUUACUGACCCAAGUCUUCCUGGUGCCCUCUGAUACCCAGUUGUUACUGACCCAAGUCUUCCUGCUGCCCUCUGAGACCCAGUUGUUACUGACCCAAGUCUUCCUGGUGCCCUCUGAGACCCAGUUGUUACUGACCCAAGUCUUCCUGGUGCUCCCUUGAGACCCAGUUGUUACUGACCCAAGUCUUCCUGGUGCCCUCUGAGACCCAGUUGUUACUGACCCAAGUCUUCCUGGUGCCUCUCUGAGACCCAAGUUGUUACUGACCACCAAGUCUUCCUGGUGCCCUCAGACCCAGUUGUUACUGACCCAAGUCUUCCUGGUGCCCUCUGAUACCCAGUUGUUACUGGACCCAAGUCUUCCUGCUGCCCUCUGAGACCCAGUUGUUACUGACCCAAGUCUUCCUGGUGCCCUCUGAGACCAUUGUUACUGACCCAAGUCUUCCUGGUGCCCUCUGAGACCCAGUUGUUACUGACCCAAGUCUUCCUGGUGCCCUCUGAGACCCAGUUGUUACUGACCCAAGUCUUCCUGGUGCCCUCUGAGACCCAGUUGUUACUGACCCAAGUCUUCCUGGUGCCCUCUGAGACCCAGUUGUUACUGACCCAAGUCUUCCUGGUGCCCUCUGAGACCCAGUUGUUACUGACCCAAGUCUUCCUGGUGCUCCCUGAGACCCAGUUGUUACUGACCCAAGUCUUCCUGGUGCCCUCUGAGACCCAGUUGUUACUGACCCAAGUCUUCCUGUUGCUCUCAGACCCAGUUGUUACUGACCCAAGUCUUCCUGGUGCCCUCAGACCCAGUUGUUACUGACCCAAGUCUUCCUGGUGCCCUGAGACCCAUUUGUUACUGACCCAAGUCUUCCUGGUGCCCUCAGACCCAGUUGUUACUGACCCAAGUCUUCCUGGUGCCCUCUGAGACCCAGGGUUAAAUCAAGUACCAUGACAUCCAUCACAUAGAAAUAACGAAGAAGGAAGGAAGGAUUGUGUUGUAGGAAAUGUGCUCCAGCCAAGGAGAAUGGCUCUUCUUUCUUAUAAUAUUAUCACUGUACACAUUCAGUUCAAAGAACCAUGGUCCUCCCGCAGACUCCUGCUCAGCAUGGUGUUAUAUUUGGAAUGUGUUGGACUUCGAGAGUCUACAAUUGGCACUUGAGUAAGGUUUACUGGUACAAAUGGUUCCAUGAGUGUUCUGUAGUAUGGGAUUCGAGUUUAUACUUCAUACUGUAAAUUCUUAAAUGAUUGCUCACAUACAGUAUAUACUUCCUGAUUAGAGAAAAUGAUGUUUAUGUUGGAAACAUGGAUGACAAAUUACAUUGGUAUAUCCUCAACAACAUUCCUUUGUUUUCCAAGGAAAAUAUAUGACAAAGUACAAAUAAGUACUGUGAUAACAUUGUUUCUGUUUUUAAAUAAGGCGAAUAUAAAUACUCUGUUAUAUAAUCAUAAUACACAACAACACAAUUAUUACACUUCUGCUCCAUCAGAAGGUAAGAAGGUUUUAAAAAGUCACUCAUAUUAAGUACACUUUUACAUGGGGCACCAUUUUAGAGUGUCUUCGGACAGAUGUCAAAGAUUGUCUCUGCAAACCUUCAUAUUAUAAGCACAUAGAAAAAGACAACACUUCUUCCUAAUUGCUGACACCUGUAUGGUCUUUCAGCAGACAGUCUUAACCCCCCUGGACAAAGAGAGUCAGAGCUCCUAUAAACCCUAGUGUAAGAUCCCGUCCCCUGUGGCCAUUGAGAGUCAGAGCUCCUAUAAACCCUAGUGUAAGAUCCCGUCCCCUGUGGCCAUUGAGAGUCAGAGCUCCUAUAAACCCUAGUGUAAGAUCCCGUCCCCUGUGGCCAUUGAGAGUCAGAGCUCCUAUAAACCCUAGUGUAAGAUCCCGUCCCCUGUGGCCAUUGAGAGUCAGAGCUCCUAUAAACCCUAGUGUAAGAUCCCGUCCCCUGUGGCCAUUGACAAAAGACACUCUGGCAGCGGUAGUGAACACUGUCAGUCAGAGGGUGAGGGGCAACAGAAAGGCUUUUUCAAGUCAAAAGAUGCCGCCCUGGGGUCACCUGUAUAGAUGGAUGGGGCAAUUAACCUAUGUAACCCACUUAGUUUAGCAUGGGCUAGCCUUUGCUACCUUAAGUUAGCUUAGCCUAGUCAAGCAUAUAAUGGCUAAACCAAGGUUAAGUUAGCAAAGCCUAGCCUCAGACAAACUCCUCCUCGCAGAGGGCCUCCCCCAUCAGCAAUGAGUGUUUGUUGGGUUCGCUGAGGGCCAUGCUGUUGAGGGAGUGCUUUGAUUGGAGGGAGUUGAUGGAGGUGCGGCUGAAGUUGACAACGCGGUCCAAUAGGCUCAGCCUGGGGGAGGAGCGGCGCAGCUCGCCCAUGCCGAUGUGGACGCUGACGUCUGAUAGGCUUGCAGCGUGUCUCUUCUGA